GCCAAGCGUCUAACCCUCACAACCAUCUCUCUUUCUUUCACUAAUGAAACGAUUCUCUCACACAAACACAAAAUUCGUAUGUUAAUAAAAAAAAGUUCUCCACUCCCUCCCCACCAUCUCUCAGCUGAUGCGAUAACCCAUACAUACACGUUGCAAUAUCCCAGCGAGUACUUCUCCAUCGUAUUAUGCUCAGUAUUGCCAGUGAAGUACAGUAUUAACGUCGUGAAACAACGAAAACCUCAGCAGUGUAUGGUGACCAUUGAUAUUCAUCAAUUUUCAUAGAUUUUUUUUUUUUUCGCCCUCUGGAAGGUUCAAUUAUCGCGAGUUCAUGGUGUAAUUGUGCUGUGUGUUGUGGCUGUGACGAGAAAUUAUUUGGGGACUUUCACUCAGUGCCAGACCAGGGAGAACAAAGCUUCCACAGUUUUGUAUCAUUAGUUUUUUACCUUUAUUUCUCCUGGGGGGUUUGAAGAUAUCGGAGGUGCUGAUUUUGGGGACAAUUGGGGGUACUCUUGGUGGACACUGGGCAUGGUAUACCUGAGGGGCUCUUGGGGCAUGGGAGAGACUGAUCCACAGUGUCUGAGUUCCAAUACGCCAGUCUCUUCCACCUCGUCGACUUCAAAUGUUGGAUAUCUUCAGGAGUAUGAUGAAGAAGUUGCUUUGCAUCCACUUAAUAAUCAGGUUGGAGGACACACGAGACUACUGCUGCUCAAUCAAAGCACUAUUUGUAAACCUUUAAACCGUCGGGAGCUCGAUUUUUACCUAAACAUUCCUCAGGAUAUACAAAUGUUCGUUCCAAAGUUCAAAGGUGUUAUCUCAGCGUCGAGUAGUGGUGGUGAAGUAGAAAAACGUUACAGUCCGAGUUUCCGUGACCCUGAUGCACCAACUCCCCAGCCUCAAACAACAGCAAAAUCAUCAUCAAAGCGUAAACGCGACGAUGUUCUCAGGAUGAAAAUUCAUAGAAAAAAUAGUACGACUGACGUGCUCAAGCCGGGAAAUCAUCUAGAGCCCAAUUCAUCGAAUAAACAAUAUUUUUUAUUACUGGAGAAUAUUACAUCACGGUAUACUCAUCCGUGCAUACUGGACCUUAAGAUGGGCACGAGACAGCAUGGAGAUGACGCAUCGGCGGAAAAACGUAGUAAGCAAAUUGCCAAGUGUGCAGCCAGCACGUCGGCGUCAUUGGGAGUCAGAUUAUGUGGAAUGCAGGUCUAUCAAGCAGACUCAGAUCUCUACGCCAAACGUGACAAAUACUGGGGGCGUGAGCUCAACGAGGAGGGCUUUAAAAAUGCUCUGUACCGUUUCUUCCACAAUGGCUACUGCCUCCGGACACCCGUCAUUCAGCGAGUGAUCUCCCGCCUGGAGGCCCUCCGACGAGGCAUUGAACGCCAGAGCAGCUAUCGUUUCUAUUCCUGCUCGCUCCUAGUUGUCUACGAUGGCUACCAAGUGUCGAACUACAAGACCCGUUCACGAAGUCCUCUGACGACCCUCGGUGUCGAAGAGGAAUCGAACGAAUCCAACAGUUUCAUGGAUAAUCACCAAAGCAGUUCCAACUUGUACCUGGAUGACAAUCAGUUACGAUUGUCCAAUGAUUACCACUCGGUCCAUGACGAGGUCAAUCCAUCGACACUUCAUCGUGCCUUUGGUGAAGCAGCAGCAAGAGGUGCUAAACAUGCCACUGGAUUCUAUCCUAUUAGCGAAGAAACUGUCUUCAUGGAUCCACCUUCCGAUCUUCUUAAUGCAACUGUUGUCCCUUCCCAGACUUACGAAAACUGGAUUGGAUCGUACAGUAAUACUGGCAGUAGCAAUACUUCAGGUAAUGUUUCAUCAUCAUCGUCGUCAUCAUCCAGUGGAUCUGGAGACGAAUAUUGCUGCGUUGGCCAGCACACAAUAACAAACUCUGAUGAUUUAUCAUCUGAUCUGGAUAUCGGUGGUAAAUGCACGUUAAAACGCACCAGAAAUAGGGGAAGACUGAGAUAUUGCGAGGAUGAGGACAGCAAGGAUGACCUGAAGAGCUCGAACAAGAGACCCAGAGUGAAGGGGGAUGUUAAGGUCGAUCUGCAGGAGGAUCCCACCGUUGAUGUGAGAAUCAUUGACUUUGCUCAUACGACUUUUGGACAUAAUGUGGGGGGAGGAGGUAGUAAAGUACAUCAGGGGCCUGAUUGUGGGUUUUUGACUGGAUUGGACAGUCUCAGGAAAUUGUUGGGAGAAAUUCUCGCCGAGGGAUAAGUUCCCGGAUAAUUUCUCCCAAGUGAGGGAAAGAGUGAGAGGGAGAAGGAAUUGAGUCGAGGGAUUUUGAGAACUCUUGGACAACAUAAUUUUUUUUUUAUUCCAUCUGAAAAAUUCCUGAAUUUUCACCAGGGAUUUGAUGAUUAUUCGAGUAGCUCGACAGUAUUCAAUUAAUUGUUGACUUUUGAAUGUAUCUCGAGGCUUCAUGUCAAUCAUUGUGAAGAAAAAGUCAGAACCUCUGUGAUCCUAGACUGGUCACCUGAUUGUUGACGUUUUCGUUUGAAUCGCUGUACUGAGCUCGAUGAAUCAGCGAUGAGGCAGUGAAAAAGUUCGAGUUGGCUCAGCUUCCAGCCGAGAUUUUCAGAAAUAUCUUGGAAUCCAAGAUCAAUUCGUUUUAUAAAAAAUGUUAUGACGAAUAUUUUGCUAUCUGCCUUCGAUUCCGAGAUCUUCUUUGCAAACAGAACCGUAAUGAAAAUUGAUUUGCAUGGUUCUACUGCCUCAUUACUGAAUUAGAAAAUUAUAAAAAAACAGUCUUUAAAUUUUUCAAUACUUUUAAAUAACAGACAUUUUUUCCAGAAUUUAUUACUCAGGUAUCUAACACAUAACAAAAUUAAAAAUCAAUAUUAAUUCGUCAGAGAACCGAAAUUGUAAGGCACAGAUUAUUUGGGUGCACUGAGAGAAAACAAAGCGAAUUCCUCAGACAAAUGGUGUUUGGCACAGAAUAUUUACAAGUGAACAAAUUUAUGCCGAUUUUAGUUUUCUGGUUUUGUGCGAAUAGCUUAUUCUAAAGAAGACAACAUAAUUUUGCGUCAUUACUUUUUUUUAAAGUCUUUAAUUAAAUCUGGAAAGGAGUGAAUUACGACAAAUUUCAUUGCCUCCCUUAGAUUUGGAGAUAUUCUUUGGAGACUGAAGGGAGGGCUAAAUCGACUUGGAGCGUUUUAUCGCUCGUCUUUGGGCUGCUACAGAUAAAUUUGCUCAGAAAAAUAUUGAGCACAUGAGGUGGAACCCAUCCUCAUCUUCAGGGAAAAACAUUCAUUAAAAAUUACCCAAUCGUUUAGUAAUUGUAUUGUGUUUUGGUCAUUUCCGGAAAAAUUACCAUACCAGUAAAAUUGCGUCAGUAGAAUCAGUAAAAUUCAUCAGUAAAAUCAGUUAAAAAUGUCAAUAGAAUCAGUAAAAUUCGUCGAGUGCUUGGCAAAGUUCACAUACUCGUUUUAAGAAAAUUUGUCCAACAAUCACAUCAUUUUGACUAAGAGCCCGACAAAUUUUACUGAUCGGUACGGUAAAUUCCCGAGAAUUGCCACCACACGACAAGAUUACCAUAUAACCCGGUAAUUUAUGACGAAAUUUUCCUUCCGGGUAUGCGAGGAUGCAAUUAAUUACGUGAAGGGAACCCUCUUAUGCAAGUGCGAAAUGUCAUUUUGUUAGAAACUAGGUAAAAAGAUACCUUAGAUCCAUCAAAAAUUUAUCUAAAAGAUCGUUUAUCGACGGCAAUCCACGUCUAGUUAGAUCUUCAGAUCGGUGAGGCGGGAAUCCCGGGUUCGAUUCCCGGCUGCUGCACCAAUUUUCGGACGUCUCUCAUUUCUCGGUUUCAUUGUAAAUACACAUACAACUUACCAUCAGAGUAAAAAUUUCAAUCCAAUUAUUUUGCAGAGGGAAAUGACUAUUUUCGAAAUCACAAAUUAUUAGGAUCUGUGUGAAAUCCUUAUUGAGGGUAUGAGAAUGGUUUUUCGAAAAAUAAAUAUUCCACCUUAAAAUAUAAUGGAAUUGAAAAUUUUACUCUGAUGUUAAGUAGAAAAUCUCAUAAGAAGAGACAACUGUGCCAGACCAAAGGUUUUCCCCUCUGGAAGAGGUUUUCCUUGGUCCUCGGCGAAUGCUGGUACGUGAGGGGUGGGGGGGUAAUUUUUUAAAAUCCGAAAUGCUAUACUACUUACAGAAAAUUAAAUUUUUAUAAAAUAUUGUUUCAUCCGAAACAGUAUAGCAGGUGUGUAUAUAGAGAAAAUUUUUUGGAGAAACCUCUUACCACAAGGAUAUAAAUUCAGCAAAAAUUACCUGGCGUUCAGGGAAAUUUACCAGACCGCUCAGUAGAAUAUGUAAACUGCUUCAUCGAGAAAAAAAAAUUUGCCAAUUAUAUUUACUUGCCAGCAGUUAAUUUACAAAACUAUUUCCAUGAGACUUGUUAAUUGAAAACUAAAUGAAGUACAUUUUCUUAUAGUUUGUAUUGUUAUUUCUUAUUUGUCAUUGUUGACAGAAGAAAUUUGUCUUCUCAGUGUUGGUAAAACUUAUCUACCUGUUUGAGGAAAAUUGUCUAACAGUCAAACAAUUUUUUUCGAAUGGGUGAAUAAUUUUUAUUGAACAAUCUACUAAUUUUACUGAGCGAUGCGGUGAAUUAAUGGUUACGGGUAAAACAAAAUACAAUGACCAAACAGUUGGGUAAUUUCAGCUGAAUUCUUCUUCUCGUAUACUUGGACACUAGGUGGUGGCUCCGUAUGUCGUACUGAACGUUUCGAUCACUUCAAUUGGCAAUAGGACUUUCCUCGAUCUUUCUAGUUAAAUCGUCAGGUUGUUCAAUGAAAUUUCAUCUUAUUUAUAAUUACGGAAUGUACAUAUUUAGUCCGUAAAAUACUUCGAUUAUUGACUCGUGAAAAUAGGGAAUUCGAACACAUAAUGGCGACUGGAUGGCAGGGGAGUUGAGACGCGUUGCGAUCAAUUUACAAACUAAUGGCGCCACUCGACUAAUCUCUUUCCAGUGAAUCGGAUAAGGAUAACCUGAUCGGCCCGUUGUUCGCUGCCACGAAUAUAGUUACAGGAAUGCCAACAUUGGCUGAUCCAAACUGCUGACACUGUCAUGUUGACAGUUGGAGGAACCCCAAGUCGUGACCAGAAAGUAAAACUUGUAAAUGAAAAGUGAAAUCCGUGAAUAAAAUACUAUAUAUCGUAAACCGCAGUGUUUUCCCUAGGGAUUUUCACUUUUCCUUGUCUGGGAAUUGGUAUUGACCCACCCCUGAACUUGAAAAAGUGAAAAUCACUACAGAAAAAUAUUGAUCAUGACUAAUACCCUAGGGAUAUUCAGCCGAGUGGUGUCACACGACCAAAAAUCCCUAGGGCAUUCGUCUCAAAAUAUACUAUUCAUUUUCGCGCUUCGAUUACACGUCAACAUAAAGGUCCUUUUCCACACGGGCGGAACGUAACAGCAGUGACAAAAUAGUACAUUUUUUAUAAAAAUGCCCCCGGAGUUCUGGCCUCGGUUUCGAAUUCCGAUUUGGAUUCACCAUUUUUUAAGUAAAAUUUUCUUGUAAAAUUAUAUCAAAAAUAAUCCUGGUACCAUUCCUACCUAAUCCAAAAUCCAAUCCAAGAAUUUCCUCUGACGUCACAAGAUGUGGAACGUUAUAUAACUAUUUUGUUCCACACUAUAGUUUUUCUCAGUGAUGUUACCUUCAGUGAGUGGCGAACUGGGCUAUUUUUCACUUUCAUUUUUUUUAAUGAAAAGUCUUUUCGUUUACUAGUGAACGAAAAGGUACUUUUAGACACGGGUUGAACAUAGCAGCAGUUACAAAACGUUACGUUCGUCGUCUAGGGACUUUCUUCGCGCAGUUAGGUCGCACUGUCUAGUCCUUAAAGUGAGUGUAUUAUCACAGGAGUAAAUACUCGACUCCCACGGCAAUAAACUCAGAUGGGUUAGAAAAUACGACACGAGUAAAAAUCCCUAGGGUAUUCCUAGACCGUGAACAAUAUUUUUUCGUAGGGAUUUUCACUUUUUCGAGGUCGUGGAAGGUCCAAUGCCAAUUCUCGCUUCAUAAACUCACAUGAGUCCUAAAAUACUUUACUCCCUAGAAGCGCAAUAUGCUAUUAUGCCCCUAUAAUCUCCGAUUAUGCCAUUCGAGGGUGAAAACCGAAAUUCUAACCUCACUUAGUUGACUUAUUAAAUAUUUUAUAACUUGACAUAAUGACGAGUAACUUGUCAUUCGUCAUUAUGUCAAGUUAUAAUCACAGAAUGUAAGAUAUUUCUCCAUUACUUCAUCGAAAAUAUGCCAAAUUAAGGUUAUUGUCAUGUAAAAUAUUUACUGGACAGAAUUUGGUUAAAUUAUUAUGGUAAACAAUGAAAAAAAGUAGCUGCAUAACGAUCACUCUCUAUUUGAGAUUAUUCGAGCUAAAUUUGCGAUAGAAAUUUUCAAAAUCUUUUCACGUGUUCAAAUGUUGCGUCGCGGAUUAGAAUUUUUGUAAAUCAACGACUCGAUAGUUUUUCAAUUAAAAAUCGUUUGGGGUAGAAGUUGGAUCACUGAGUACAGCACAAAAAUUAAAUCGAUUGAUCGUUUUGUUUGCGAGGAAGAUUUACAGAGUUCAUAAAUUUACGUAAUUGAGAAUAAUUACAAUGAAAAAUACAUAGUUAUAGUUUAGCUGUCGAUAAACAAUGCAAUCAAUCGAGCGAAACUAUGUACUCGCAAAAUAUUGUGCUUCAAUCUUCGCCAUUUUACACCGGAUAAACUUUUUACAGAGACUGUCUCGCGUAAACUACCUUAAGUGGCCAUGGAACUUACCAUCAGAGUAAAAUUGCCAAUCCAAUUAUUUUGUGAGGUGAACUGAUUAUUUUGGGAAAUAAAAAUUGUUAGGCAUUUUUGAGGACAUAAGAAUUGGUUUUUCCAAAAAUAAACUUUUCCCCCUAGAUAAUGAUGGGGUUGAAAAUUUUCCUGUGAUGGUAAGUCCUAUGGUCACUUAAAGUCACUUUUUCGGACAGCGAACUGAAAAUAACAUAUUCGUACUUGUGCAGAGAACAAUAUUAGUUGUAUUUUAGUGUAUUUUUAUGAAAACGUGAUCUAGAGUUUUUUUUGACAUUUUUAAAAUAUUCUGUAAAUUCUAAUUUUUUUGUUCAAGCAGAAUGUUCGUCGCCAGUUGUUCGCAAAUUUCUCGUUCUCUCAGUGCAGGCCAUCAUAAUCGAAUGAUAAUUUGGCAACUUGGGGCGAAUUUUGAAACAGAAUAUGUAUUUAGUAAAAAUAUAACCAAUAAUUCCCACAUAAUUUGGCCGUGCGAUCUAUAUAUCCUCAUAUUAUUUACUAACUCUAUUCUAAAUUCAUAGUAAUGAGAUAAUUUAGAUGAAUUAUCUCCUGAAAUUUGGUUGUUAUUGAUACAUCAAUAUAAUUCACUGUGAUUUAUUUAAAUACUUUGGGAAGCAAAGGGAUUAAAAAAUUAGAAAAAAAAGAAGAAAAAGAAAAAAAAGCUCUUGUGGGUAACAAAAUUACCGACAAGAGAAGUUCAAUGAAUUCUGGUGUAAUAUUGAUUAUUAAUUACUAUUGAUUAUUCAAACCAUUUAAUUUCUUCCAGUAAUUAUGAUCGUCAGGAAGUUAUCAGGGGAAAAGCUAAAUUUAGUCUAAACUUCUUUUCUUCGUAGAUAUAGCAAUAUUCAACGAUUGUUUAGUCGAUGUCAUCUACUGAAAUUAGCUCAUGAGGAAAUAAACAUUCAUGGCAAUGGGCCGAUCUCGACUAAUCAAGAAGAUGAAUCAGAGGUCAAGAUGACCUUGAAAUUAUAAUUACUCGAUGAUUGACGAGUAAUUGACAGCCUCCAAUUACCUCGCUAUUAAUUCAUCGGACCAAGAAUUUCUCCCUCUCAAUUUUUCGGAGUCUAUUAUACAAGAAACGAAAAAUCGCUGAAGUAGAUUAUUCUUCGUAGUCCAUUUCAUGGGGGAGUUUUAGAAGAAUUCAACGAAAUAAUUGUUCCUUAGACUGGGGGGGACGAUUGUGAAUUUUUUUUUCUUUCUCGAUUUGCUGGGAAUUUAUUCUGUCAUUCCGUUAUUCAACAGAAAUUUUUUAAAAUGGGAAAAAAAUUUGUGAGAGGAAGACCAAUGAAUUUUGAAAAUCUGCAUUUUGUCAAAAUUAUACUCGGAAUUUUCGGGGGUUGGUUAAGUAGCUGAGGGGAUUUUCAAGGAGUCAAGAUCACCCAGUUGAUCUGUACGUGAAUAAAACUGGUGUUUUAUUUUCUCAAACAUUUUUCAAAAAAAUCGUUUUUAUUCAUUGAAACUAAAUAUUUGUUGACUUUAUUUGAUUUUGAAAGGUAAUCAUGUUUUUAAAAUAUUUAUACUUAAUUUUAUUUGCGUAGAUAUCAACUCUGUGGGGUUAAUUCCGUAGCGAAGUGCUAAAAGGAGAUAAGUGACUUCGGAUUGUUGACAAGGUUUCGAUGAAUAUCUCGAGAUCUAGGAAAAAUAGCAAAAUUUUCAUUGAAACUUUUUUGUGAAGCGAAUCGAGAGCUACAAUAAUUGUUAUGACAAAAAUUUUGCUAUCUCUUUCAGAUUCGGAGAUAUCGCUCGAAAACUAGACUCAGAGAUAAGUCAACUUAUGCUAUUUACUACUUCGGUACUGAAUUUUCAAGUCGAUCGAUGGAUCGAGACAUUUUUUAAAAUUUUCCACGAAACGUGAAAUUCUCUGGAGCUUUUUUCCCUUUCAAUUUCUGCAACCCCAACGUACCGAGGCUUUAUAAUUUUUCCAAAAUCUAAGGACUCAAUAUUCACUUCGGUCUUUCCUUCAAGAAAUUUAGAAUAAUUUCUAUUUUCGUUUGUGAACUCGAUCAAUUAACUGAUCGAGUUGUCAAUAAAUUAUUAUUUUGGGGAUGUAAAUAAUGUAUAAAUACUUGAGGAACUUAUGGGAGAAGGAGUAGGGGAGGGGGUAUGGAAGUGGUAGAGGCAACAAAUAUUUUGUCUCUUGAGCAGUAUUUUUUUUCUGUUUUUCUUAAAAAUUAUAUUGUCGAUGAGGAUGUGUACUGUUGAUAGGACUCUUUUAAAAUAGAAAUUGUAUUGUGAGGGAUACAUUUAAGUGAGAUAUUUAUUGCGUACGGGCAAAACAAAGUAAUGAAAUUACUGAUGCAAAAAAUAAAACUCAACACGAAGAAUGUAAAUAGGUGUUCUUACAGAAAAUCUGUGGUUGGGAGAAAUCAUUGAAAAGAGAAAGGAAAAUUGAGAAAUCGAUUUUUUUUAAAUCGACAAGAAAAAUGGGUAGCGAAGCGAUAAAAUCGUUCAAGUCGCUUUCACAGACUUCAUGAAACCUAACAGCAUUUACCCGAAAUAUUGACAAAUCUAAGGGAGUUACCAAAAUUUUCGUUAUCACCUUUUUUACCUCCCAGUUGUGUCUACAAAAAAGUCGUAACAAAAGAUUUUCCGUCUCUUCUGCAUUUUGAGAUAUUCAUCGAUCAAGAGGCAAUAGUCAAAAUCAAUUUGACCUGUUUCAUUGCUUCGCUACUAAAAUAUAAUAUUCCAAUCGAUCAGUCGCCUCAGAAAUUCCCAAGUAUCUCUUUUCAAGGUAAACUUUAAUGAAGUACGAGUUGAAUAUUAUAUAUUAAGUAAAAUGAAAGAUAAAACUAUAUUUUUUUUUAAUUAAAAAAAAAUAACUCGCCUAAGGUAAAUAGUUUUUGUUGUUCAUCUAUGUGACGUUGAGAAUUGAUAUUUCAUGUGUAACUUGUCCGUACAAUUAAUGAUAUGAAGAAAAUUUAAUUUUGAUUUCAAGUGUAAAAUUGUGAAAAUGAUGUUCUGAAGAAUAAACGAAAAAAAAAGACAAAUUA